UGCGCUCCGCUUCGGAAUUUCGUUCGUACGUCGCUCGUAAACGCACGACGAACGGCGACCUGAAGACAGUCGUGUUCGACAAAGAGAGAGAGAGAGAGAGCAAAAGAGAAAAAGAGAGAAAGAAGAGAAUCAGGUGCUCGCUCAGAGGAAGAAGAAGAAGAAUCGAUCGUGUCGUGUUCUGUUUCUUCCCCUUUCCACGCGUGUACCGGCCGAUGUCUCGCGACGCGAUUUUACACUCGUAACGACGACAUCGUUUCUUCUUCCCGUCCGGAUUUCCCCUCUCUCUCACGUUCUCCGUAAGAGCGAUUCGCACAGCUGUCUUCGCCCCCUCGUCCCAGUGCCACCCUCCCCCAGCCGUUCUUCUCUGUGUCACGGUCGUGUAUGUUCCUGAGCGCCUGACGCGACGCGAGACGCGACGCGAUGACGACCGAGAGCCCGAAGGUGGAGUUCGCCCUCGGCAGCGAGGUGUCACCCGGUCGCUUCUUCAAGAGCGCGUUCGCGCGCACCUUCACCAACGGCAACGGCGGCUGUCGCGACUGCAAGUCCUUGGAUUACGAGCUGGUGCACGACGCCGCCGCCGCCGUCGCGGCCGCCAGCGAGGACCUCGGCAACAACAACGGGCGUUUCUUCUCGCUCGCCGCGGGCCUCGCCGACAAGCCGGCGAACGGCAGCGAACGGAUCGCCUCUCGCCGAGAUCCGAAGGAGGCGGCGCAGUCGACUUCGGACGCGAAUGAAUUGGAGAAACUUCGAAAGCAAUGCCAGCUGCUGAAGAAGGAGAAUCGGAGGCUGCAGAGCGCCUUCCUGCAAAACGGCUUCCUUCAGGCGCGGGUCGAUACGCUCCAAUGGCAGUUCAAACAGGUCGAAUCGAACCGGCAGAUGUACCGGUCCGUGAUGGAACAGGUCGCCUACUUCUUAGACCGCGCCCACAAGAGCCUUGAGAUCCUUCACACCAAGGACAAUCCCAAGGACAAGAGGCGCGUGCCGCGAAGUCGCAGCGUGCACGCGGUGGUGCACGCUGACCCCUCGCCGAGUCGCGUCUCGACGUCCUCACCUUCGCCGUCCGGUUCCUCGCGAUUCACGCGAGCCAAAUCGGUCACGCAGAUGUCGCCGAGCGUCAGCAGCAUCCGCGACUUCACCUGGUCGGUCUUGCGCAAGAAUGACCCGGUGUAUUGCACGACGCCGCGCACCAAACCCUCCCAGGAUCUCAACAAGUCCCACGACGACAUCGUUUAUCAGGAACCGAAGCAGUCGGAGCUGAACCCGGACGAGAUACCGCCGGAGAAACUGUCCCAGGAAGCGUUCAGGUUAUUGAGGCUCGUCGAUUCUUUAUUGGCGACGCGGGAGCCGGAUUUGGCAAGGGUAACGCCGGUCGAGGACAACGGAUCCUCUCCUUCGCCGACGGAACGUCAUCAUUACCACGACGUGUCGGCCUCCCUGCAGAGUGGCAAUUUCGUCAACUCGACGACCUUACAAGAAGCGGGCCACAUCGGCGGCGACCACCGAAACGAGUCCAGCAUCGCUCAAGGCGACUCGGGCAGCUCGUGCUUCGUCAAGAACUCCGAGAUGAACGCGAGCUUGCAAGCCACCUUGCCGCGGACGAGAAGGUCCCCGGACGCCGCCUCCUGGAACUCCGGCAGCAGCAAGACUACCGAGGAGGAGGACACCACUGCGCUCGCCACGUCGUCUCCGAAGCAGCUGGAGAAGAAAGAGCCGACUUGCAAGGCCAAAAGCCCGGUCAGCGUGAGCAGCGCCGAGAGCGAGAGCGGUUUCUCCUCGAUAAGCUCGUUCCAGGAGGUCGGCCUGCCGUCGACCUCAUCGAUCAGGCCUAUCAAAGGCUGCCACACCGAGGUCGGCCUGCCCGAGGUACCCUUGGACAAGACCAGACACCGACGGUGGACCUCCACGCCGGCGGAGCUCCAGGCGCUCUACAAGCUGCUCUACAGCCAACAUCGGGGGAGCUUCGGCGGCUCGCAAGCCACCACCGAGUCCGUCAGCGUGUGCUGGGUCUGAGACGCGCGGGAUCCGCGCCGAAUAACCCACCGCAUCGUCGAUGGUUUCGGUCGCGGAUCGGCGGAUCAACAUCCAGCCACGUCGCGGACUGAUCGACACUCCCGGAAGCGAUAGGGGAUCGUUAAGCUAUCCAGCGAGUGGUAAUUUUGUAAAUAACUUCCUACAUAUGCGCGCCGUCAGUCUCCUCGUCACGUCGAGGAAUUAAUCACGAAGGGAGCCGCAGUACUGAUUACGGAAGACGAUGACGGCGGCGGCCGACCGACCGAUCGAUCGGUCGUCUCUCCCUCUCUCGGGAGACGUUUACUCUAGUAACGUUAAUUAUAACUCAUAUCUAAGAAAUGGUACGUACGUUAGUAUCGAUAGCUUCGAAUAGUAUGAGUGUGUGAAUAAUUGCAUCGACGAGGAAGUCUGCGUGGAGAAGAUUCAUUAGCGAGAAAGAGAGAAUCGAGAGAGAGAGAGAGAGAGAGCUGAUCGAGCGAUACGAGAUUAUUUUGCGUCAUCUGGUGAAUUUCCCGUUCCACUUCGUCUCGGCUACAUUGAAAAAGGGAUUUGGCACGAUCACCAAACACUUAGUUAAAUAGUUUCAAUUAAAGCUCGUUUCUACCAUCGUGGUUUGAAUGUAAUCAACGACCAACUCAACGGAAUUGAUCAAUCGCAUUGAUCAGUUCAGCUAAUUGGCC